GGUCAAAACUCGGCUACUCCUCCGGCGGAACCUUUGUUCCUGUCCUUUGUGGCUACCCGGAACAUGACGCAGACGGACGGUUGCUAUGGGCAGCUGACGCUGUGUGGCGGCGCGGGGCUAACCGUUUGCUGCUAACGGAGCUAAAAGCCGUUUCAAAGGAGAAAAAACGUAAUUCAAACGUCAUAGUUCGGUCCGAUCGGAUGCUUGAUCGGAUUAGUUACGUCAGCGCGGCCGUACGUCACCUGUGACGUAUGCACGGUGGAAGAAUAGCUGCCAAAGCGCGAAGCUCAGCGUUUUAACGGUACGGCAGCCGGGAGGGACAUCCGGCAGAACCAUCAGGGUUCUGUUGGGCUUUGGGUCUCUGGGAGGAGCUGCAGGUCGCUGAUGGGUCGGAACCGAGCCACUGGGCUCCAGAACAGUCCGUGUCCUUCAUGGCGGUCCAGGGUUCAGCAUGUCGGACCGUGAGCCCGCUGUAGAGGAACCGGGUCCGACCGGUACCGCGACCCGGCCCGCUCUGGCGGCAAAGGCCCUGUCGGAACCGUUUGGCCGGCUCCGGUACCGGGACACGUCGCUGCUGAUCUGGCAGCAGCAGCAGCUGGAGCUCCGAACCGGACCGCCCGCCUCCUACUUGACCCGGAGCCAGUCCGCCUGGUACAGCAGCUACGGAAACCAGGCGGUACUGGUCCGGAACCGCACGGCCCAGCAGGGUUCCGAGGGCCAGUCCAGGAUUUGCAGCAUCAUGUAGAGCAGACCCAGGGCCCGCUUCGGCCCAAACCAUCAGAACCAGACCGGGGUUGGUCUGACAGACUCGGACAGGUGAUACACCCGAACCUCAGCUCCCUGAUCCGGUUUAAAGGUUCUGAUCCAGGUUACAGAAGGUUCUGUGUGGAUCAGCUGGUGAAGACUGACUGGGUUUGGACCGGACCAGAACCUAGCGUGACCUCUGACCUUCUGUCUAAUAAAUCCUGUUUCAGCA